AUGGGUAAAUUACUUCAACUUCUUGCACAUCCCACUGAGCUUCGUGCGGCCAUCCAGUUCUUCGGCUUCAAGAAAUCAUUGUACCCUUUUGACCUUUCCAAAUCGCCAGAGUCUUUGAGAAAAUGUUACGAGUACUUAAACAUUACUUCGCGUUCUUUUGCUUCGGUCAUCAAGGAAUUACACCCUGAAUUGAGAGAUGCCGUGAUGAUCUUCUACUUGGUUUUGAGAGCGUUGGAUACCGUAGAAGAUGACAUGACUAUCGAUCCAAAAAUCAAAGUUCCAUUAUUGAGAGGGUUCCACGAAAAAUUGAACUCGAAAGAUUGGACUUUCGAUGGAAAUUCUCCUACUGAAAAGGACAGAAUUGUUCUAGUUGAAUUCAAUAAUGUCUUGACUGAAUAUCACAAGUUGAAACCACUGUACCAGGACAUUGUCAAGAGAAUAACCCUUGAAAUGGGAAAUGGAAUGGCCGAUUACAUCUUGGACGAUAACUUUAACAGAGAUGGCGUUGCCACUGUGAAGGACUACGAUUUGUACUGUCACUACGUUGCUGGCCUUGUUGGCGAAGGAUUGAGUGACCUUAUGGUUUUGGCUAACUUUGCAGACACCGAGGUUCAAGCAGACAACUACAGAUUAUCUGAAUCUAUGGGGUUAUUCUUGCAAAAGACUAACAUUAUUAGAGAUUACUAUGAGGACUUGGAGGAUGGCAGAUCCUUCUAUCCUCGUGAAAUUUGGUCCAAGUACACUGACCUGUUAUCAAACUUCCACAACAAACCAGAAGACAGAGGCAAAGGCGUGGAGUGUAUCAACGAUCUUGUUUUGAAUGCUUUGGGACAUGUUACUGAUGUGUUGACGUAUUUAUCUUUGAUCAGAGAGGCCACGAGUUUCAACUUCUGCGCUAUUCCUCAAGUUAUGGCCAUUGCAACUUUGGCGGAGAUUUACAACAACGAGAAGGUGUUGGACAGGAACGUCAAAAUCAGAAAGGGUACUACAUGCAACUUGAUUCUUAAUUCCAGAACGUUACCUGAUGUUGUAAAAAUCUUCCGCAAAUAUGUCAGAGUGAUAAACCAAAAGUCCGAUGUCAGAGACCCUAACUAUUUGAAGAUUGGAAUCAAGUUGGGUGAGAUUGAGCAAUUCUGUGAGGUCAUGUAUCCAUCCAAGGAUGCUAUUCCAGCUGGUGUGGUGAAGCAGGCACAGGAGAUCAAUGUGAACAUUGCAAAGAGAGGUAACUUCGAUGUUGAUGGUGCCAAUUUCGUCAAGUGGGAGGAACUGCAAUGUAAUGCAGUCAUUGUACUUGCCGUUAGUGCGCUCGCAACCUUAGUUGUUUUCAUUAUCAACAGAAACUUUUAA